CUUAACACAGGUACAAUGGGGAAGAUUAUUUUCUAUGAAGACAGGAACUUCCAGGGUCGUCACCAUGAGUGCAGCAGCGACUGCCCCGAGAUGCAAAACUUCUUCAGUCGCUGCAACUCCAUAAGAGUUGAGAGUGGUUGCUGGGUAGCCUAUGAGAAGUCCAAUUAUGCUGGCUACCAGUACAUGCUGCACAAGGGAGAGUACCCCGACUACCAGCACUGGGCUGGCUUCAAUGACUGUAUCCGCUCCUGCCGUAUGGUGCCACCUUACAAUGGAAGCUACAGGAUGAAGAUUUUCGAGCGAUCUGACUUUGCGGGCCAGAAUCUGGAGCUAAAUGAAGAUUGCCCGGACCUGCAUGAGCGUUUCCACACCCGUGACAUCUCCUCUGUCAAUGUCAUGGAGGGCUACUGGAUGCUGCAUGAACACCCCAACUACAGGGGGCGCCAGUACUUCUUGCCACCCGGAGAAUACAGACGGCACAAUGAGUGGGGAAGCACCAGCCCCACCAUUGGAUCUCUGAGGCGUGUCACAGAGAACAAGUGAUUCAUGGCUUUUUGUUUUUUAAGCCCUUCUUGACCCCACAGUUUUAAACCUCCUCUCAAUUGUUUCCCUGAUGCCAGUUCUGUCUGAGUGCCUCCAAGCUGAGGUGUCCAAACCUGCAACCACACACUUUUAACGACAGAGGCUUCUCUCGGUUCGAUGUUGGAUUUGGGGCCUUGUUUGGUUGCUUUGCUUUUAAGUUAUUCUCUAACUCAGAGCUCAAACAAAUGUCAGAGCUAAAAUUUUAAUGCUUUGAUUGUUCCAAAAUAAAAUAGUUUUUCCUUGCAGGUUAUACUGGAAUCACAAUAAAUUAAAACUUGAUAAAAGUCUUGUAAA